AUGAACAAGACAAUUGAGCUACUUGCCAGCAAAGGUCAAGGUACUAUAAGACUAGAUCUCUAUUACCAGCCGGGAAUCGCUCUCUUAACCAUCGACAAUCCCAAAAGGCACAACGCAUUAUCCGGAAAGAUGAUGGUUGAGUUCCAUCAUGCCGUCUCUAAAUUGGAGCGCAACUCAACAAAUGAUCUAGUUGCCCUUUUAGUAAAGGGAGGAGGUCAAUCGUCAUUUUGUGCUGGUUUAGAUCUCAGUUUUGCUCGUGAACAUGUGAAAUCCGCAGACAUGUCUUUGGCCAUGAAUGAGUUGAUGCAACAGACAAUCGAAAGACUUUAUCGACUGCCCUUAAUCACAAUGGCUGUGGUAACAGGAGGUGCUAUCGGCGGUGGGUCAGAAUUAGUUACAGCAUUUGAUUUUGUCUGUAUGAGUCAGACAGCAUUUGUUCAUUUUGUACAAACCAGGAUGGGGGUGUCGAGUCCGUGGUCUGGCGCAAGACGUUUGGUGGCACUUGUGGGGAGAAAGAAAGCUCUUUUAUGGAUGGCAGGCGGCUACCGAUUGACUGCACAGGAGUGCAUUGAAGGAGGGCUUGCAGACUUGAUAGUAGAAAAAGACAGUGAAUGUUUGAAUGCAAGUUUAUUAUACUUGAAGCCAUUUUUGGUGGAUGAUAGAACCGGUAAACGAGUCUCUCCCAACGCAGUGAGAGGUAUGAAGCAAUUGAUUUCACGUCAAAUGAAAGAGGAUGAUGGAGAUUUUGAAAAGAAGAUAUUCGCUGGCACUGCUUUCUCAAAACUUUGA